AAUUAGAUGUGCUUGAUGCCCCGCCUUUCCGGUGUGCUGCAAUCAAACGUACUCGGAGAGAUUGCUUAGCGCACUUCUCCGGAUAGUAUGGUGCCGAACGAGCAGUACUCGGCAUUGGGAGCAAAGCAAAGUGCAAAGUGGGAAAUCUGGCGAUGUAUGGCGUGUAUACAUUCUUGCAGCGCCACAACUAGCUAACUGUUACGUGUUCAAAAACAAAGGGAAUCUUACUGUUAGCAAUCUUUCAGCGCUCGCACUGAUCCGGACGUGUGUUAUGUGCUGUCUGUAGCCAUGGCAGCCUCGUCUGAGGAGGUGCUGUUGGUGGUGAAGAGGGUUCGGCAGAAGAAACAGGACGGCACUCUCUACCUGAUGGCCGAGAGGAUCGCGUGGGGCCCGGAUGGCAAGGACCGCUUCACCGUCAGCCAUCUCUAUGCAGAUAUCCGCUGUCAGAAGAUCAGCCCGGAUGGCAAGGCCAAGAUCCAGCUGCAGCUGGUCCUCCACACUGGUGAAAGCAGCACGUUCCACUUCGCGAACGAGACCACAGCCCUCCGGGACCGCGACGCGACCAAGGACCUGCUGCAGCAGCUUCUGCCCAAGUUCAAGAAGAAGGCCAACAAAGAGCUGGAGGAGAAGAACCGAAUGCUCCAGGAGGACCCAGUGCUGUUCCAGCUCUACAAGGACCUGGUGGUGAGUCAGGUGAUCGGCGCCGAGGAGUUCUGGAGCAAUCGGUUGAGCUACAUCUCCAUGGACCACUCCCUUUCCAACAUCAAGCAGGAAGUUGGGAUCUCUGCAGCUUUUCUGGCUGACAUCAGGCCGCAGACAGAUGGUUGCAAUGGCCUGAAAUACAACCUCACCUCUGACAUCAUUGAAUCCAUCUUCAGAACAUACCCUACAGUGAAACAGAAAUAUGCUGAAAAUGUGCCGCACAACCUGACUGAGAAAGAGUUUUGGACCAGGUUCUUCCAGUCUCACUAUUUCCACCGAGACCGGAUCAGCACCGGGUUGCAGGACCUCUUCUCCGAGUGUGCCAAGCAGGAUGAGCAAGGUUUAAAGUCCAUGGUGGUCCAAGGAGUGAAAAACCCCCUGGUGAACCUUCUCUGCCUGGAGGACAAGUCGCUAGAUGAGGGUUACGGGGUUGCCACGGCGCCCUCUGCUUCACAGGGGAACAAGGUGAAGGAGAACAGCAACUCUGCCAUCAUCAAACGCUUCAACCACCACAGCGCCAUGGUGCUGGCUGCAGGGCUGCGUAAACAGGAGGCGGUCAAUGACCAGGCCAGUGAAACCAGCAGCAUGGAUGGCAACUCCAGGGACUCUGACUACUUCCAGCCGCCCGUGAAGAAGGUAAAGUUGCAGGAAGCAAUAGAGUAUGAAGACUUGCAGGAUAAGACUGGGCUGAAGAUGGUCUCCCUGAACUUGAAGAAAUCUGACAGGUACUUUCACGGGCCUGUGCCAAUGCAGUCCCAGAACUACACCACCAGCCAGGACAUCAUCAACGCUGUGAGCUGCAUCAAGCAGGAGAUGGCCAGCUACAAGCCCUGUCUUACUCAGGUAAUGUCCAGCAGCUCAGCCAGCUCUGCCUGCGCUGCCCUCUCCCCUGGGGGCCUCCUCAUGCAGGCCGGGACUCAGCAAGCCAUGAACCACAUGGUGCCCAGCGAGGAGGAGGUGGAGCUCAAACACAUUUACAUGGCUGCAGGAGAGCUGCUUCGCCACUUCUGGUCCUGUUUCCCCGUCAACACCCCCUUUCUGGAGGAGAAGUUGGUGAAGAUGAGGUCCAACCUGGAGAAGUUCCAACUGACUAAGCUCCGGCCGUUCCAGGAUAAGGUCCAGAGGCAAUACCUGAGUGUAAAUCUCACGGGUCACAUGGAGGAGAUGCUGCAGACUGCGUACGGUAAGUUCCAUGCCUGGCAGACCCACAACAUGCUGAGGAAGACCUGAGAGGAGGAAGAGGAGGAGGAGUAGAGGAGGAGUGGUGGAUACCCAGAAAAGAGGGACCGGACUCUCUGUCCUCUCCAAGGCUGGCCACUGGGUUCCACGGGACGUGAUCUUCUGAUCGGACACGAGCCACCCGGAAAACCCACUGAAUCGCGUGUCAGUCGAGAGACGCACUGGAACGUUGCCAAUUUACUUUCCUUUUGUGCGCACUGUUCCCUGUUGGUCCCAGUCAAUGGCAAGUCAUCUGGGUCUUCUGCCGGGCGACUGUACUCGGGUGCAAUUGAUGAAAACGGUUUCCACGUCAGCCACGGUUUGGUCUCAGGAUUACCGUGUCUUUCCACGCGAGUGAAAGCAGGUCUGUAUAGCAGAAUGCCUGGAAGAGGCCUCCUGAGGGCUUCGUCUGGCGGGGGAACCGAGUCUCUGGGAAAUGGGGAGAGGAGUGAAUAAAGCAAUACUGUAAUGUUC